AUGGCCACUCGGUCUCCCUCGCUGUCCCCCGCGUCUCCGCACGCACAAACACACUCGCCGCCACUAUCCAUGUCCAAGGCGCCCAGCAAGCGCGGUCCGCCCAAGGCAAAGGGCUCCGUGCGCGCCAAGUCCGGCUGCUACACGUGCCGCAUACGGCGCAAGAAAUGCGACGAAGCGCAGGACGACAAGGGACGGUGCGCGACGUGCGUCCGAUUACGCCUGCAGUGCCUUGGCUUUGGACAGAAGCGGCCCGAAUGGCUAAAGGAGAACAACAAUGUCGGCGUCUUCCGCGAGAAGAUCAAAGAGUUCCUCGCCGCGCAGGGCAUGAUCAAGGGCCAUUCUGGUACAAACGGACGCGCCGACGAAGCCCAGAUGUCACUCACGCUCGUAUCCGACAACGACCUGCAGUCGUCCGAAUCGAGCGAUUCGCCACCCCCGUCGGCACCGCCAUCCCAGGAUCGGUACCGAACCCAGUCGUCCUCGGUCUCCCAGGCCUAUCACUCGCUUCAGAUGCCCCCGCCGUCGUCCGGCGCGGUGGCCGACGGCUACGGGCAUGGUAAUCCAUCAUCGUCUACUGCCCUGUAUUCCACCAAGCUCGUCGAGCCCCAGUUAGUCUUCGCAUCGACAUUACCGGCAUCGUACUCGACAACCUACGUCGUGGACGAAGACGAGCUCACAGGGCCGUACGCGGGCGCGAGUUACGACGUUCCCGCAGCCAUAACUUACGCGACGGCGGUCAUCCCUCAAUCUCUAAGCGUAAAUGUCUUCCCGCAAGUGACGGACGCCCAGAAUGGAUUGGUCCAGCAUUAUCUAACACACGUGCUGUACCGACAAUACCUCCUCGCCGACGCCUCCAUACAGGAUUUCAUCGUCAGGACGAUACAGCAUUCCGCACCAGUGCGGGACGCCGUCUGCCUGCUCGCCUCGCUCCAUCAACAAUCUCUCCGGCGAAACACCAAUAACGCCGCAGCCCUCAUCACCUCCGGCAGUACAUCUGAGGACAACUCCACGUAUGCUCGGAUCUGCCUCACGCUCCAGAAGACGCAAGCGGGGCUGGCACAUUAUACGGAGCAAGAGGCUCUCGCCGGUCUUCUCGUCGUUUCAGCCUUCCUGUUCCGCGGCGGUCGCGGAGCAUGGGGCCAAUUCCUGAACGUCGCAGCAGACUUCGUCGCAGCGGCGCUCGCACGGGCACCGGGAAAUCCCGCCGCCGUUUUACGUGCGGCGACGAGCAGUCAGAGAUUCGUGAUCAAGACCACAUUCUGGUUUGACAUUCUCGCGAGCACUACGCGCGGCCAGGCGCCGCGGUUCUUGCAGUCGUAUCGCGACCUGUGGGCGCCUGGUCCGACUCAGCAAGCGUACAUCGGGCCGUCGCCUCUGGGCGGUGGAAACGCGGAUGAAAUAAGCAUGCUGAAUGUAAUGGGCGCGGAUAAUAGUACCGCGCUCGCGCUCGCUGAGACGGCUACCUUGGCCGCUUGGCGCGAUUCGCAGAGGGGACGGGGAGCGUUGAGCAUCCCCGAGCUCGUUGAGCGUGCGCACCGCAUACAGGCUUCUUUACUCGGCGCGCGGAGUCCGGUGCUUCCGUCGAGCGCGUUGGCAGGCAUGCCGCCAACUCCGGCCGAGGAACUGCGUAUACGUAGACGGCUCACGGCCAACAUCUUCCGUGCGACGGCCAAGGUGUAUUUGCACGCGACGGUGUCUGGAGACAAACCGCGUGUGCCCGAGAUACGUCAAGGUGUCCAGGAGGCUAUCACAGCGCUGAAUGCUAUUCCGGCUACUAGGAGUGCGCUGGCGAGCAGCGUGCUCCGGAGCGUUGUGUUCGGUAUAUGUCUGACGGGAUGCCUGACGGACGAUGCAUGGGAGCGGGAGAUAGUCUUGCAGCGUCUUGAUCGCGAGCGGGACGAAGGCGUCGGGAACUGCGACGAGGCGAGAAGAGUGAUGGAGCUCGUUUGGCAACGGCGCGAUGCGGGACAAGAAGAGGUCUCCUGGCGCGGCGUCGUGUACGAACUCGGCGGCGGGGAGACGCUCUUACUCGUUUAG